AUGCUGACGGGCCAGGGAUCCUUCACGCCAUUGCCUGAUGUCCGCAACAUCAUGGUGACUGGAGGAGAAGGCUUCAUUGCAUCCUGGCUGGUCCGCCACCUCGUCACCAAAUACCCGACCGCCUACAACAUCGUCUGCUUCGACAAGCUCGACUACUGCAGUUCGCUCAACAACUCGCGCAUGCUCGAAGCCUGGCCCAAUUUCAAAUUCUUCCACGGAGACAUCACCAAGCCGGCCGAUGUGCUGAGCUGUCUGCGAAAGUACAACAUCGACACCAUCUUCCAUCUGGCCGCGCAGUCGCAUGUGGACUUGUCGUUUGGCAAUUCGUACUCGUUCACCAAGAAUAAUGUGUUCGGAACGCAUGUAUUGUUGGAGAGCGUGGUGGCUGUGAAGACGAUUAAGAGGUUCUUUCAUAUCUCGACUGAUGAGGUCUACGGCGAAGUCAAACCUGGCGCACCAGAACUCGACGAAACCACCGCGUUGGCGCCAACGAAUCCGUACUCGGCCAGCAAAGCGGCGGCGGAGAUGUACAUCGAGGCUUACCAUCGUAGCUUUGGGCUCCCUGCGAUCAUCAUUCGGUUGAACAAUGUCUACGGACCACAUCAGUUUCCAGAAAAGAUCAUCCCGAAAUUCAUCAACCUCCUGCAACGCAAGAAGCCGCUCUGGAUCCACGGCACGGGCAACAACACCCGCCGCUACCUCUACGGCGGCGACGCAGCCGACGCCCUCGACACGAUCUUGCACAAGGGCAAGAUUGGCGAGAAGUACAACGUCGAUUCGAAGAAAGAGAUUUCCAACCUGGAACUUGCGAAAACGUUGCUCGAGACUUUCGGUGUCAAGGACGUGGAGGGGAACAUCCAGCAUACGAGAGAUCGUCCUUUCAAUGACGGGAGGUAUGCGGUGUGUGGAGAGAAAUUGAAAGGCUUGGACUGGGAGCAGAAGGUGUCGUUUGAGGAAGGAUUGAGAACCACGGUGGAGUGGUAUGGUCGAUUCUCCAACUGGUGGGGACCGAUUGAGAACAUCUUGAGUCCGUUCCCGGUGGUGAGGGAUGAAAGUGGACUGGAUGGGUUUGCGAAGCGUAUCAAGGUCGAUACGGAUUCUCUGGUGGAGGGUGUCGCAGUGGGCGGUGCUGCUAAUGGUAAUGGCGUGGGUAAUGCCGAAGGGGGUGUCAAGGUGCGAAACGGUGUGAUGAAGUCGACGAAUGGCGCCGGUGACCACGCGAGGAAGCGCAAGGCGGAUCUGAUGGAGGAGGUGUGA